UACCUCACUGAGGACUCCGAGUACUGCCUCCCUCCAAGACAUAGUCUGCCCCAGUUAGAAGGUUCGCCUGCUGCUCCGGCUCCGUCGCUGGCUAGUGACUGUUCGGGAUGUGGGGAAGCGCCGACGGAGGCCCGCCGGAGAUCACCUUGGAGACCUCCAUGGGUCCCUUCACCGUCGAGAUGUACUACAAGCACGCGCCUAAGACCUGCCGGAACUUCGUCGAGCUCUCCCGCAGAGGCUACUACGACAACGUCCAGUUCCACCGGAUCAUCAAAGAUUUUAUAGUGCAGGGUGGGGAUCCAACGGGCACUGGAAGGGGCGGUGAAUCCAUCUACGGCUCAAAGUUUGAGGAUGAGAUAAAACCCGAGUUGAAGCAUACAGGGGCAGGUAUUAUAUCAAUGGCAAAUGCUGGUCCUAACACGAAUGGAAGCCAGUUCUUUAUCACUCUAGCACCAUGUCAAUCAUUGGAUGGAAAACAUACAAUUUUUGGGAGAGUUUGCAGAGGGAUGGAAAUCAUCAAACGACUUGGAAGUGUGCAAACUGAUAAGAAUGAUAGGCCUAUCCAUGAUGUGAAGAUAUUGCGAACUAUAGUCAAAGAUUGAGUUGAUCUUUUUUCAUUUAUGAAGGGCAAAUGAAAAAGCUAGUGCUGGCUCGUUGGUGCUGCUACUGAUUGUGAACAUGUAUUACUUUUUACUGACGACAAACUAUCAGAUCUCGGAAUUUUACCAUAACAGUAUCAUUUGGAGGAAAAGUUUACUAUAAUUUUGAUAUUCUUGGACUGACAAUUAUGAUGGAUCAUACUUUCGGUUCUGUCGAUCACUAUAGUUCCAGUAACAAAGUACAAUAAUUUAAAAGUCAGUGCCAGCAUGAUGCCUCUGUUCAGGUAUAAAGAAACUUCAGAAUGUGGUGGCCCUAAGUGCAUGAUGCUGCUCUCUUUUUGUGAAGCACAGCUGAUGUGCUGUGCAAUUAUCCUACCGUGUGCAUAUUUAUCCUACUGUUUCAAGAGACAUACGGAUGCAGGCACCCUGUAAAGCUUGUAGCACUGGUGGCAGGAGUAAAUUUGUGUAUUAAAUUGGCUGCGGGAAUGAUUCACAGAUCGGUCACA